AUGCCUCAUGACUUUAACUCGUGUUUGGCAUCCAACAUCGUACGUCGCAAGGUACCAUCGUUAGCAUUGCUGCCUCGUGGAUAUCUCAAGUGUCCAUUACAAAUUUCGAGGAAAGAGUCAAAUAGUAUUCAAGACAAAUCACCGAAUGAAAAGCAGAAUGAUAUAUUGGACCGAGUCCAAACGACAGUUGAAGCAACAACAUUAUUGAACGCAGUACAACAAGAGGCAGUUUUCGAUAAAUCGAGUACAUUUGAUGAAGAGACAGACUGUGACAAAACAUGUGACUCGUAUUUAUCAAAGCAGAGACUCAAUGAUCGGUUCUUGAACAUGAUGGCACUCAUGGAGCGCCUUUCGGUGCAGUCAUUAGAAGACACCCAUGUCAAUAAUAUUGUGUCUUCUUUAGAAACAGUACCUCAUCACUCACCAAUUGAUACACAAAUUGUCAUUUCGAAAUUGGAUGAUCGACAAAGUCUAGUACAUUUUCCAAUUCGACGGAAACGAUUGCGUAAACGACGGCGAAAAGCACGUAAAACGCGACAGAAAUGGGAGACAUCGCAUGUUACUUGGCCACAACAUGCUUUAAUUGAUUACGUAGCCGAUCACUCUCAUUGUGAACCUGCUGAGAUUCGUGCUUUUGAGUUAUCUAAGCGUUUAGAAACCAUGAAAUGUCAAGACUACACAUCUCGACAACCAAAGUUAACACACUUGCCGUCAUUUAACCACACUUUUCGUAGUAUAUCUAAACAUUUGUGCCACAAUCGUGAAAAAACACCAUGCAACACCAUUCGCAACAAUUGCGACGUUGCAAGAAUCAAGCAAAAAGUUGCAUGCAAAGUGGAUACACAGUCAUUCUUAUCAAAAGCUCCAGUAUCUGACGUGAGAAACCAACCAGUGCAUCAUCAUCCAAUCUGGAUCUCCCCCGCUUUUCAUUCGUAUCUUCUUGCAUCACAGAACUUUCCAACCAAACCAUCAUCUUGUUAA